CCAAAACUUCUUUUAAGCUACAGCAACAAAAACCAUGUGCAGUCUUCUAACCACAAAGGGCAAUAUGAGUUUAAACAAGAAUACACAUUGUGGAAAAAGGAUGAAGUUGACCAGUGAAAAGUUGCCCAAGAACCCCUUUUAUGUCUCUGUAUCUCAGGAUGCUGCUAAAAACCAAAAAUUCUUCCAGUGGAAAAAGGAAAAGACUGAUCAUUACACCCAUGCUAAUUUGGUGGAUAAGGCAUUGCAGCUCUUGAAGGAAAGAAUACUGAAAGGAGACACUCUGGCAUAUUUCCUACGAGGUCAACUAUAUUUUGAAGAGGGAUGGUUUGAAGAAGCAUUAGAACAGUUUGAAGAAAUCAAGGAGAAAGACCAUCAAGCAACGUACCAGCUAGGAGUGAUGUACUAUGAUGGGCUGGGGACCACUCUAGACGCUGAGAAAGGGGUGGACUAUAUGAAGAAAAUUCUUGAUUCUCCAUGUCCCAAAGCAAGACACUUAAAAUUUGCAGCUGCUUACAACCUCGGAAGAGCUUAUUAUGAAGGAAAAGGUGUUAAACGAUCAAAUGAGGAAGCUGAAAGACUAUGGAUUAUCGCAGCAGACGGUGGAAAUCCCAAAGCUAGUGUGAAGGCUCAAAGUAUGCUCGGGCUGUAUUACUCAACCAAGGAGCCCACGGAGUUAGAAAAGGCAUUUUACUGGCAUUCAGAAGCAUGUGGCAAUGGGAAUCUGGAGUCCCAGGGUGCACUUGGUCUCAUGUACUUGUAUGGACAAGGCAUCCGGCAGGAUACGGAAGCUGCCCUGCAGUGCUUAAGAGAAGCAGCAGAACGCGGAAACGUCUAUGCUCAAGGGAAUCUCGUGGAGUAUUACUAUAAGAUGAAAUUUUUUACGAAGUGUGUUGCAUUUUCCAAAAGGAUCGCUGACUACGAUGAGGUUCACGACAUCCCCAUGAUCGCCCAGGUCACAGACUGUCUCCCGGAGUUCAUCAGCAGAGGCAUGGCAAUGGCAUCCUUCUACCACGCAAGGUGUCUGCAGCUUGGCUUGGGCAUCACCAGGGAUGAAACAACCGCUAAACACUAUUAUUCUAAAGCUUGUCGUCUGAAUCCUGCAUUGGCAGAUGAACUUCACUCCUUACUUAUUCGUCAAAGAAUUUAGACCACAAUGUAUUUCAACAAAGAUCAUCAAUGCUAACACCUCACGAUGUGUGUAUUUUUACAGUAGCUAUGUUUGGUUAUUUUGCACAUCACAAAUUACACUAUCCUGGGUAUUUUACAGGUGACAUGUUACUUCGUUCUUGAAUUUGUACGCUGUUAAGUUUUGCAACUUGAAACCUAGACACAAGGUCAAAUUGCUAGAAGAGUCCUCAGAGGUCCACCUCUUACCCUACAGACUGGCCGAGACCAUAUCAAGUAUCCAAACCAUUCUAUACAGCAAGUAUCGUUUUCCUUCCUUAAAUACCGAGUCUCCAAAAAGACUUAGUUUAGCUUUAGUUUAGUAAGUUCAGAAGUAGAAAUGAUACAAACUUACUUAAAACCAUCAUUUGAAAGUUUAAUUCUUUAAAAUUUGUCUUAGUUUUGUGAAUUUUGAAUAAUGUUUAAAUUUCGUUUCAGUCAUUUAAAAUUUUUAAAUGUAAAUUCACAAAACUAAGUGUAAAAGACAUUUAAAGAAUGAAACAAGUAUGUAUAGCAUUUCUACUUCUGAAGUUAUUAAAGCUAAAACUGCACUAAGCCUUUUGAGACAUCCUGUUCUUAAAAAGCUCAUAAAUAAUUGGCUUAUUACAUAUAAACUUCAAAAAAGUGGGUUAUAAGACAUUGCUUUAGAAUCUUGCCCCUCCAAAACUUCCCUCAAAGAUCUUAAUUUAAUGAGUAAAACAACUGCUAUAUACAUAUGCAGAAUGUGUAAUAAAACAAAAAGCAAUUGCUAUAUGAAAAUAUUCAAAGAAAAUUAAAGCAAAUUGUUUCUUUGUGCUUCAGCUCAUUUUCUACAUUUUUAAAACCCUGUGGUAAAAACCUCAAUGAAAUCAUUUACAAGAACUACAAUUAAAUAUUGUUAAAAUUAGCAAAAGGCUUUCCUUAUAUAGAUGACAUCUAUGAAGGCAAAAGGUGACAGUAAAAACAGUAAGAUCCAUAUGCAUAAGAUCGUACAAGGCUAUUCAUUUGUGAAACAAAUAUACAUAUCAAAGACAGGUUUCAGAGAUACCUUAACUAUUGCUUUUUUUUAUGAACAUAUUAAAGGAUGUGGCUUUAUUUUAUAAAUCACAACCAUCCCGACAGUGGAUUUAAACAAGAUUUCUUUUUAGUAAUGGGAAAAUGCAAUUAAUAUGGAGGUGAUAGUCACUAAGAACUGUUGAAUGGCAGAAAAUUAUUUGCUCUAGUUUUAUGUUCUGGCUUGUCUGUAUUGCUUGAACUUCAUUUUGUCUUUGUGUAAGGGAAGAGAUUUCAACAGACUCCAGUUCGAGAUAUCCUCAAAUGCUCAUGUAUUUCUGUCUCAAAUCUCUUAAUACCAUCCAUGUAACAUUCCUUCAACCACUUGAAGAUCCAAAUUCCCAACUGGUAUUCUCUUCUCCACACUUAAUCCAGUUCCUAAAGAUUCUUUUUUUAAAAAAUUUAUUAUUAUUUUUUUUUUGAGAUGGAGUCUCCUGACCUAAUCUUAGCUGG